GACGGUGUCAGGGCGCUGAAAUAGUAGUGGAGGCCGAAUGGGAAAGAAGAUUCUCCUUCGUUCUCUGUUGUUCCUCAUGGACUUGGCCCCCUGCUCGGGUCACCGUGCCACUCCGCUGCCACCGUGGAUUUCUUGUGCUUCUGCCCCUCCACGCUUUUCCUCCACCCCGCCGCCACCCCUCACCAAUCGUCCCUCUCUCCAACUGGCUCCCGCGGAAAGUGAGGCAAUGCGGACAACGAAGAACCACAUCCACGUGUAUAAGGUAAGGCUGGCAGGCAGAUGGGCUUGCUCGCCGUUGGUCUCUGCAUGUCUGCGAGCUAUCCGUACAUACUAUAGAGUUUGGGGGUAUAUUCAUGAACGAAUAUGGUGGACCGCCUCGGUUUCGAAGCAAUCAAUCCGUCCUUCGUGCCUUUGUCCAAAGCCAUCCCUGUUCAUCAUCAACAACAACCUGUCUGCCAUCCUUGCUCGUUUGUAGAAUUCUAUCCAAACAUCUGUGGUCAACCGUGAUGCAAUACCUCUGACCUACCUUAUAUAUGGAGCACCUUGGAAAUCAUCAUUAGUCAUGAGGAACGUCAAUGUCAGGCUGCUCCCACGAGUCUGUUUUUGUAAGGCAUGCGACCAGACAACAUGCCGCCUCUACAGGUUGUUGCCAAGUACGAUACAGUUCCGAGUCCACUUGAAGUUAUCU